AUGGGGCAUCGUCCCCAGCCAGAGAUGAAGUAUGGGACCAUUCGAGCCGAAAUAGGCCACGGAGCAUCCGGAGUGGUUCGGAUGGAAGUACUCCGGACAGAGAUAUCCCAAGAACCACGGCUCCGGGCAGUAAAGCAGAUGAGCAAGCGUCAGUCGAAUGAUGGCUCAAAAUGGACGUAUAGGGACGAACUGGCCGCAAUCGUCAAGUUUUCGCAACCCCAAUUUGAUCCUCAUUUUGUCAGCAUCUUCGGGUGGUUUGACAACGAAUCUUCGAUAUUCAUCGCGAUGGAGUAUUUGCCUUCUGGUGACCUCGAGCGUUUCAGGGGCACUUCAGGCCCCUUCCCAGAACUGGAUACGAGUUAUAUCGUCAAGUAA